AAGGUCUUGGCCUGUGAUAACAAUGUAUGGUACCUUCAGAGCGCCUUGUGGUCGUGGUGUUUAUAAAGAUCUCUCAUCAGCAUCGCCACUAUCUAGAACGAUAAGCAACUCUCUUUGCACUUUGAACAUCGCCUGGUGCAAUUCUAGAUAGAGAGUAGGAGCUGGUCUCUACUUAUCCUUCCUUCAAUCGCAAUUUUCUCUUCUUUACAAUGUUUACUUGGUAUUCUCACUCCCCUACUUCUGUUCUCAAGUUGAUCUUGCUAGCGACUGUAUUUGGAGUUUGCUCUGCAUCCCAUUCAUCCUCUAACCAAAUCACUUCCCGUGCUGGUCAGCCUCAAGCUCUGUCUGGCCGCAAGUCACCGGAUCAAGUAGUAUUUGGGUACAUUUACACCAUUCCAAAUAGUAAUGCGAACGACCUAAAGCAUCGAUAUAUCAGGACAACCCCGACGUCUCGAGUAGAGUCGGCGCCUUCCGACUCUCUCUCCGAUCACUCCACGCAUACAGCUACGUUAGAAGAUGCAAACUCCGCAGGCGCACCCCCUGUCAUAGAGGCUAAUCCUCGUCAAGAUGAGGCUGCGUUUGCGGCAGUCCAAAGACUUGAAGCCUUGAUGGGGACGGGCUCAUAUCAGUGCUAUUUUCCCGGCCCUAAUUACUACAAUGCGUUUGUUCCUCAGAACUAUUGUCAGGGCAAAUCCAGCGUAUCCAAAACGCAGCUAAAAGACGUCGACUUUGCCUACCUCCCUAAGACGGUCGAUGCUAAAAACACUACAAUCGAGGAUCAUAUUGCGCGCUUCUUGGGUAAGAAACCCCCGUCCAUUCAUGUGAAGGCGAACAAGACGGACAAGGCGACCAAGAUCAGGAAUUAUUUGUCCAACAUCAUAAUCGUUGCUCAGUUAUUUGACGACAGAUAUGCUUUUCUCGUUCCGAGUACGAUUUCCAAUAAUGUUUUACAUAUACAAACUGAAGCAAACAGUCACGACAUGCCAGCUGCCACUUGGGAGACCUGGAAGAAGAUCAAGAGCAAAGUGUCGAAAGGCAUGCCUACGAAAUUUGUAUACGCAGAUAUGAAGAUCGGCACCUUGUAA